AUGGCAGGAGAAGAAAUUGCCCCUACUCCUUCUACUCCCAUUACCUCUGGUUCAACCAGUUGGAGGAGAUCAAUCCUCAUAGCACUCUCAGCCAAAAACAAGAUAGGUUUUAUAGAUGGUGACUGCAAGGAGCCAAAACCUGAUGCACAAGACCACCCUCAGUGGAGUAGAUGCAACUUCAUGGUGACCUCUUGGCUUCUGAAUUCAUUGUCCAAGGAGAUAGGUGAUAGUGUCAUCUAUUCAAAAUUUGCAAGAGAUUUGUGGAACAGCCUUGAACACAGAUUUGGCCAAAGUAAUGGAGCCAAACUGUACCAACUGCAAAAGGAGAUAUCAAUGUUAGUCCAAGGUAACAACAGCAUAGCUGGAUAUUUUACCAGACUCAAGAAAUUAUGGGAUGAACUUGACUCUCUCAACUCUCAUCUAGUGUGCUCUUGUGAAUGUGUUUGUGAUGGGAAAAGGAAAGUAACAAAAUUCUUAGAAGACCAGAGGAUCAUUCAGUUUCUAAUGGGACUAAAUGAUGUCUAUUCUCAGGCAAGAGGAAAUAUCCUCAUGAUGAAUCCACUGCCUGGAAUAGAUUUUGCCUAUUCACUCCUUCUUCAAGAUGAAAAUCAAAGGGAGAUAUAUGCAAGACCACAAUUAAAUGCUGAUGCUUCCUCUUUCAUGGUAGGAGUUCAAGGUAGGGGACCACAGAGAAAUAACAAUCAGCCACAGCAAAGGACAUGGACUAAUUCACAAAAGCCUUUAACACAAAAACGGAUCAUUGAUUCAGGGGCUUCUGAACACAUGUGUUUUGAUUCAAAUUGUUUCUUAUCUUUAGAUCCACUUCCUGUUCCUGUGCACAUUAGUCUUCCUAACUCUUUUCAACUAUAUGUCACACACAUAGGUAGAGUUCCUAUUCAGCCUGAUAUGAUUCUUGAAAAGGUCCCUUUAAUGAGGAGGGGGAAAGUUUUUGGUGAAUUAAGAGGGGGAUUGUACCUGCUGGAGCCUAGCACACCUAAGAUAGAUUCUGGUUUUAGUUCAAAUAGCAAUGUAUUUUCAAUUCCAAAAGGAAGUAAUUCCAUUCUUGUUCCUAGUGAAGUUUCUUAUUCUGUCUCUAGUUCAAAUACACAAGACUCUAAUGUACUCCAAUGGCAUGUUAGAUUGGGGCAUUUGCCAUUUUCAGUAAUGAAAAAUCUUCAGUUUUAA